AUGUCUAUCGACUCGAAGAACAACAAGUACACCAUGGCCCAGGUCCAAGAGUUUGGAGAGCGGUUCCACAGAUAUAUGAAUGAUUUUGGUGCCCCAGGGUGCACUAUUCCUCGCAUUACACUCAUGUUAGAUUCCUUACCCGAACAUGCGAAGAUUAUCCAGGGACUGGGCCUGCCUAUCGAGACCGGGAUUUCUCAUUCCCAGUCUCAGUAUCGAAAAGUAUGGAUUGAUAACCAGGUAACCCGGUCGGAAUGGCGUGGUUUCGUUGGACCAGGAGUCAUCUUCAUUGACGCUAUUUGCAGAAAUCGUGACUCUGGUGAUCCCCGCAGUACCGACAUGACCAAGGCUAUCUAUGAGGCCUCGUAUCCGAUUGACGGCUUAAUGUAUAUCUUCUUCUGUGACGUUGUCAACAAGGAAACUUGCCGGAUUGUGGAUGAUCAUCUCAUUAGAAGGAUGCCCCAGGUUCGGCCAUCAAUGACGUAUGGGAUUGACUCGGAUCAGUUCAAGAUUAUUCUUGGGACGGAGCUUGGCAGGACUGCCGCGCGAUUUGUUCUCGGGACGUGGGGACAGGGUGUUAGGCGGAUUGAGCGUGUUACGGUGAUAGCACACGUGUCUAUGAAAAUGAUGAUGCACCUGCGAUUUGACAUUGGGGAUUGUCCGUGA